GCGGCGGGCCGACCUGCAGGAGGCGGCGGCGGCGGCGGCCGAGGCCGAGGGAAGAUGGCGGACGGUGUGGACCACAUAGACAUUUACGCGGAUGUGGGCGAAGAGUUCAACCAGGAAGCGGAAUAUGGUGGACAUGAUCAGAUAGAUCUGUAUGAUGAUGUCAUCUCUCCAUCUGCAAAUAAUGGUGAUGCCCCAGAAGACCGGGACUACAUGGAUACUCUUCCACCAACUGUUGGUGAUGAUGUGGGUAAAGGAGCAGCACCCAACGUUGUCUAUACUUACACUGGAAAGAGAAUUGCAUUGUAUAUUGGAAAUCUAACUUGGUGGACAACAGAUGAGGACUUAACUGAAGCAGUUCAUUCUUUGGGAGUAAAUGAUAUUUUGGAGAUAAAAUUUUUUGAAAAUCGGGCAAAUGGACAAUCCAAGGGAUUUGCCCUUGUUGGUGUUGGAUCUGAAGCAUCUUCCAAAAAGUUAAUGGAUCUUUUGCCUAAAAGAGAACUUCAUGGUCAGAAUCCUGUUGUAACUCCAUGUAAUAAACAGUUCCUGAGUCAGUUUGAAAUGCAGUCCAGGAAAACUACACAAUCAGGACAAAUGUCUGGGGAAGGUAAAGCUGGUCCUCCAGGAGGCAGUUCACGUGCAGCAUUUCCACAAGGUGGUAGAGGACGGGGCCGUUUUCCAGGGGCUGUUCCUGGUGGGGACAGAUUUCCUGGGCCAGCAGGACCAGGAGGGCCACCUCCACCUUUCCCAGGAAAUUUGAUCAAGCAUCUUGUUAAAGGAACUCGGCCUUUGUUCCUGGAAGCUAGGAUUCCAUGGCAUAUGGGGCACAGCAUAGAGGAAAUACCCAUUUUUGGCCUAAAAGCUGGACAGACUCCACCACGUCCACCUUUAGGCCCUCCAGGCCCACCUGGUCCACCAGGACCUCCACCUCCUGGUCAGGUUCUGCCACCUCCUCUAGCAGGACCUCCUAAUCGAGGAGACCGCCCUCCACCACCAGUACUUUUUCCUGGACAACCUUUUGGGCAACCUCCGUUGGGUCCUCUUCCUCCUGGGCCUCCACCUCCAGUUCCAGGCUAUGGCCCCCCUCCAGGUCCACCGCCUCCACAGCAGGGACCACCUCCACCUCCAGGCCCCUUUCCACCUCGACCACCAGGUCCACUAGGGCCUCCCCUUACACUUGCUCCUCCUCCACAUCUUCCGGGACCACCUCCAGGUGCCCCACCACCAGCUCCACAUGUGAAUCCUGCUUUUUUUCCUCCACCAACUAAUAGUGGCAUGCCAACAUCAGAUAGUCGAGGUCCACCACCAACAGACCCAUAUGGCCGACCUCCACCAUAUGAUAGGGGUGACUAUGGUCCCCCUGGGAGGGAAAUGGAUACUGCAAGAACACCACUGAGUGAAGCUGAGUUUGAAGAAAUCAUGAAUAGAAAUCGGGCAAUCUCAAGCAGUGCUAUUUCAAGAGCUGUGUCUGAUGCCAGUGCUGGUGAUUAUGGGAGUGCUAUUGAAACAUUGGUAACAGCAAUUUCUUUAAUUAAACAAUCCAAAGUAUCUGCAGAUGAUCGUUGCAAAGUUCUUAUUAGCUCUUUGCAAGAUUGCCUUCAUGGAAUUGAGUCCAAGUCCUAUGGUUCUGGAUCAAGACGUGAACGAUCAAGAGAAAGGGACCAUAGUAGAUCACGGGAAAAGAGUCGGCGUCAUAAAUCUCGGAGUAGAGAUCGCCAUGAUGAUUAUUACAGAGAGAGAAGCAGAGAGCGAGAGAGACACCGCGAUCGUGAUCGGGACCGUGACCGGGAGCGCGACCGAGAGCGAGAGUACCGUCACCGUUAGAAGCUGAAGGAAGAGGAACACCUUCCAAGACAAAACAGUCUUCAUGGGGGAAAAGUGACGCUUGUCCAGCAGUUUGCUUCUUGUGAUUGAACUGAACCUGUAAGGAUUCAUGGAUAAACUGAGCAGGAAUAGAUCUGAAUAAAGCAAAUCUGCAUAAAUGGUAACCAGUAGCUCUACUUUAUUUUUUAUGUUGCUUAACUGUUUUAUUUGAAGGAAACCUGUGUGAUUUAAAAAGUUAAUAGCUUUUGCAACUUUAUUACUGGUUAUAUAUAUUUGGCCAUUAUAAUGUGCAAGCAAUUGGAAACAAAAAAGUCAAGUAAAUGCUUGUUUUUAUAGUAGUUUGUUCUUGUUAAAAUGUUCAUAUGAUAAUGUCUGUAAACAGCACCACUUUGAUUACAAUAGAUGUAGUGUUGUAAUAAACUGUUUAAUGGGGCUGAUGUGUAAAGCUGUUCAAGUUAUUUGAUGUUUACACCUCAGGGAAAGUCUUGUGUUCAGCAAUAUCUACAGAUAAUGUUACUAUGACAACAUUUUUACUGUCCUUUAAAAAAGCAUUGCAAUAGCGUGUUUGGAUAUGCAUCAAUCUAAUCUUGGCGUUCAGUGAAUUAAACAUAACUAAUUAAGUGUCUCUUGCCCUUGAUUUUGAUAUUAGAAUAGGUGAUUACAUGGGUAUUUAAUAUUUCUAUAUUCUGCUUUUCUAGCUGUUUUUACCUAGUUAGCUUGUGAUUUUGCUGAAUGGUAUGUAAACUUGUAAAAACUGAAAUUUGACAGAUAUAGCAAUCUAGUCAAUGUGUUAGGGGUCACAGAAUUUGAGGUUGUUACAUUUUGGUAAAAAAUCAUGUAUUUGCUACAGUAGUACAGCUUAAUUACAACCCAGAUAUACAGAAACAAUUAAUUGUGAACUGCUAGCACUUAAGAGAGACUUUGAUAAUUCUGAUUUGAUGCAGUAAUUUUCUGUUUCAUGCUGAUGGUGCCAUAGGCAGUGUAAAUACAGCCAUACAGCAUGUAAAAAUGAGUAAAGAAAGCCCGAGUAUUCUACUUAAUUGAGAUUUCUGAGAGGUGUGAUGUUUACUAACAUUGGGUUGUAUUCAGUGUGAGUAAUGAGCAAUUACAGUUACACCCCGUCUUCAUGGUUCAAGGAAUUGUAUGUAUAUUCCUGUAACCUCGUUGAUUUAUGUUUGAUUAGAGCUAAUCAGCUGAAUUUUUUUCAGCCAGCUGUAAUUAAUGAAAGGCUGUACUAAAAGCAUCUGGCUGGCAUAUGUUCUGCACACUUAGCAGAAGCAGACGCUCAACUUGAUUACUUAUUUUUAUAGGAAGGUAAAAAUCAGAAUACUAAGGAAAUUUGAGAUAAAAUCCUUAAGCUAAUUUGUUUUGAAUAUAUUUUAAAGAUCUUAUUACCAAUGAGAGAUCUUUGGUGGGAUGCAUUGGCUUUUAAAGCUUGUCUAAAUUAAAGGGCAAUGCUUAAGGUAUGUAUAAUAGCUAGAGAUAAUGUGUAGCUCAAGAGAUUUGUACUUCUUCAGCUUCAUCCCUUUCUGUUUUUAAAGUACUCAAAAAUUAGUUUUAAAAUAUCCAUACCACUGCCAGUUCAUUUUAAAACAUUUUGUGAGCAGAGUAUUUUUGCAAGGGAUCAUUGGUGUUUACUAGAACUGUUGUUAGCACUCAGAAAUGAUUUUUAAGUGUUUAAUCUUGUUGAAAUGUAGUUGCCUUUUAAUUUGAGAGUUGUAUCAAAAUCUAUUUUCUUGUUUUGUGUAUAGGUAUUGUAAGUUUUUGUCAUUUCUUAGCUUUUUUAAUAGUUUAAUUACAAUACCCUAAUGUGAAGACAUUUGGACAUACAUAUGUUUACAAGGGAAAUUAGUUAAUAAUAAGAUUGAAAGGUAAGUAAAAUGUCCACAAGGAUAAAUUUUCUCUGAACAUUUUAAAAAUGGAAUCACAAAUACAUAUACUUGAAAUGAAACUGGAGAUUUUGUACUAAUUUUAAUCCUUCAUUACCUUUUAUUUCUUUUUUGUUUUUAACUCAGUUGGAACGGUUAAUUGCGCCCUUUAUGUCAUCCUUCUUUUUGCUUGGCUUAUUUCAUUAAGUGACUUUGGUUGCAGGUAGUGUGAGUGUACUAGAGUUGUUUGCUGCUGCUAGGUGAUUUUUUUUUAAGUGUUGUCAGGAAGAAAUAAAAUAACUUUUUGUGUAAUUUUGCAAAGUCUCCUACCUGAUAACACAUGAAUGUAUAGCAGUAAAAAAUUACAAACUUUGUUUUAUUUGUCAAAGCCCUUCUGUUGUUUUUGGAGCCAGUUUUAUUUGAAAACUUGUUUUUAAUGUGUAAAAACAAUCCAAAGAUACACAUCUUUGCAAAGACACCAAAAAAAAAAAAAAAAAAGAGAGAGAGAGAGAGAGAGAGAGAGAGAGAGAGAGAGAAAGAAGAAAAAAGGACUUAGGGAGAAUUUUAAGAGCUACACUUCAUAUAGUGGCAAUGAAAACAAGCUUGAGUUUAUCUUGAAUGCUAUCAUUGCCUAGUGCUGUGCAGUCACAUUCCUUAACUAGUAGUAAAGUUACAGAUAUGUGGUAAGCGCCCACAUGGUAUUUCUCCUGCAGCAGCGUUUUUGAAUUCCAUUCACUGCUUUGAGGUAAAGGAAAUACUUCUGUAGAAAGGAUUAUUUCAGUGUAAUUUAUAAAUGUUUAUGUUUUGUUAGUUUUCAUCAGCAAGAUUUUGGGUGACUUGCUAUAGCUGUUGAUCAUACUUGUUAGCUCAUUUACUGGCUCCUUUACCUAGAAUAUUCUUAAGCAGUUAACUACAAUUUGGAAAUUCACAAUAAUAUGGAGCUUAAGAUAUUAUUUUCAUUUGAUUCUCCUAUGGAGACUGUUGAUUUAGCUUUUACUAGUUUAAAGUCAGUUCUAAAAAUAAACAUGGAAGUUUUCAUGAACGUUGCAUAAUAUUUUAUGGUAAAGGGAAAAGUUGUUGGAAAGGGUAAGAGUGUCUCUUUCCCUGUGUAUUUGAAUGUGCCAAUAACCUAAGUACGUUCUGUUACAUAUAAUGAGAUGCUACUGCAAGACUCUACUGUUGGAGUGCUCUUGGCAUUUUAGUUUUGUUACCCAAAUGGUCAUUGCAUUAUUCGUGUAUCUUACAAGGUGGCCCCGAUAUUGUGUUUUAAGCUUCAUCUUGCGUUAUUUUAAGGGGAAGUUUAUGUUCUGAUUCUUUCCUGAGCACACAGUAUUGAGAUUCUUGUGAUUGCACAGAUAACUGAUUUUUAAAUUUUAUUCAUGAAGUUCAUUUUGCAUCCCAUAGCCCUCUGUAAAUGUUUCCCCCAGUUGUAUGUACUUACUAAAUGCACGCUUAUUCAUUGUACAUACUAGAAAUUUUUGUGCUAAAAUAUAUUAAGUAGGAUUUUUGUAGCAAAGCAUUCUAUUUUUAUGUUCUUAUAGUGUAUGUGUUAACAUUAAUAUUCAGUUUCAACACUGGUGUAUUUAUUUUUUAGCAACUUGACUCCUAGAAGCCUUAGACUGACUUUUAAAUAAACAUUCAACCAAAAAUUAUGAAUUUAUUGAGAUGUGGCCUUAUAUAUGGUGUUUCUGUGUUCAUAACAUGAGAUUUUUUUAAAUUUAGAUUUUAUUUAAAUAAAGAUUUAGAAUUAGUUUCACUUUAAGUCAAAAUAGAAAAUGUAUUAAGCAUCUAGGCUUCUGGGAGGAAGUUCUUAUACUCUUCUUUCUUGGCAUUAGAAAGAAGCAAUAUGAAUUUAUGAAUAUUCCAAAUAUUCAGGCCAUUGUAUUAUGUUCAUAUUGGGUUAGGUUUGUUUUAGCCCAAUGUUUCUUUAAAGUUCUAGGUUGUUGGCAUUCAUUGAACAUAUAGCUACUAUGGUUUUUGUAUGGGAUGUAUGAAUUCUUGGUUAUAUACAGGCAGAUUUCAGUGUUUUAAAGACUUCCUGCUACAUUAAUUAUAUUGUAAUGGGAGGCUUUUAAAACAUUAGGUAAAAUUUAAUUGAAGUCACACAAAUAUUGAAUGGUAUCUGUGGAUAGUAAAUACUACGAGCAUUUUUUUUCAUGUCAGAGUACCCUAAAACUCCAUGGGAGUAAAUUACAUUCAUUUCAAAUUGGACAGACCCAAAAUAUUUUAUUUUGAAGGUGCAUUUUUUUUUUUUUUGCCUCACUGUUGCUGCAUAACACUUCUCAGCAUUUCUGUAUGCACAUUAUUUUAAAAUACAGUGAUAAAUUCGUGUUUGUUUAUUUUUUUACUUUGGCAAUUAUAGUACUGAGGUGAUAUUUAAUGGGAAAUGACCCUUUGGGGGUGAAUCAUAAUGUAUUUUGAGGACUGCAACUAUAUAACAUUUAUGACUUUAGCCUUAAAAAAGGUUUAUUACUCCUUUCUUUGCAUCCCAUGGUAUAGUAGCAAAGUAGUUUACAGCCCAGCACAGCCUUACAAAGUUAUUUUACAAUUUUUUAUGGAAAACCCCUAACAACAAAAAAUUGUAUCGUAUUAUAGUACCCAUGAGUUAUUGCAUAAUCACUCUUUGUAAAUAAGUUGUCUAAUAUCAGAAGGCCAAAGAAAGUCUUGAGAUUUUAGCUAUUGAAUGUGGUGACUUCAUAAGAUUUCUGUGCAAAAGGUAAGGUGAUAAUCCAUCAAACAGGCACCCUUUUGAUGUCCAUGAAAACUAGACUUCCAUAUUAGCUUCUUUCAAAGGCUCAUUCCCAUUUUAUUAAAAUGUUUGUACUUGCAAUUUUGUGUUUAAUGUUUACUUUGUCUUUUCUUUCUUUAGCAUUUAGGUGACUGUUCAGCAGUUUGCUAUAUGGCCAUUGUUGGCCUUAAACUGCACUAGUAACAAGCAUGGUAUUUAUCUUGUAUUGAAAAUAAAAACAAAGUUUUGAUAAUA